UUCACCAGACGAGUCUUAAAGAAUCUCAAGGCUCCUCAGAUUUUGCACGUUUCUUCGCAAGAACAACAGCCAUGGCGGCUCGAGCAACGGGUACAUUGAAAAGCAUGGCUCAGAGACUGAGAGCGUACACAACCUCGACCGCGCCGAAAUCGAAGGCCUACGCUCCGGCGACUGAGUUCAACCAGCGGCCCGCUGCCGGGAAGGGAGACUAUGUUCCGGUCUACGUGUCCUUAGGCAUGAUAGCGUUGUCGGUCUCGUUCGGUCUGUACACAGCGUCUCUGCACCUUAGGGACAACCCAGGUGUCCGCAUCAGCAAGAAGACACGAGAGACACUUCCCGAGGUCGAGGAUCCCGACAAGAUCGUGGACGAGGCGAGCCGGUUGGCGGACAAGUCGUGGUUCAGGAAAAUAGCGCACGUGCAGGAAUUCGACAAGCAAGAUGUCAUGUCGGAUCCUACCAGGAAGGAUCAGUUCGCGCAUAAGCCUCGUGCCGUUACGCUUAAGGACGUCGGUGUCGAUCCGAAAAUUCCGGCAGCCGCUGGUCACUGAUCAUUUGAAGGGUCGUUUCGUAGUUUAAAUGGCCGGGUUUUUGUGUAUAUGGAUGCGUAUAAUUUUCCUUUUUGCGUAUAUGAACGCGUAUAAUUAGAGACAUAAUCCUUUCUGUGUAUAUAAACGCGUAUAAUUAGAUGGUCGUUUUUGUGUAUAUGAAUAUGUCGCUGCGUUA